GCCGGGCGAGGAGGCGGGGCACGUCGGCCACCGCCCCUCCUCCGCCGCUGCCGCCGCCGCCGCCGCCGCGGCUUCCUGGGCUGAGUCCGCCCGCGGCCCCAGCGGCGCCAGGUGCGUUCGCCUCUCCGGACUCUUGCUUGCUCCUGGUCCCGUCGCCGCCGCCGCCGCUGCCGCCGAGAUGGCGACGCGCUCCUGCCGGGAGAAGGCUCAGAAACUGAACGAGCAGCACCAGCUCAUCCUGUCCAAACUGCUGAGGGAGGAGGACAACAAGUACUGCGCCGACUGCGAAGCCAAAGGUCCCCGAUGGGCUUCCUGGAACAUUGGUGUGUUUAUUUGCAUCAGAUGUGCUGGAAUUCAUAGAAAUCUUGGUGUUCAUAUAUCCAGGGUCAAAUCAGUCAACCUAGACCAAUGGACACCAGAACAGAUACAGUGCAUGCAAGAUAUGGGAAAUACUAAAGCAAGACUACUCUAUGAAGCCAACCUUCCUGAAAACUUUCGAAGACCACAGACAGAUCAAGCAGUAGAAUUUUUCAUCAGAGAUAAAUAUGAAAAGAAGAAGUAUUAUGACAAAAAUGCUAUAGCUAUUACAAAUAUUUCCUCCUCUGAUGUUCCUCUUCAGCCUCUAGUAUCUUCUCCUUCUCUGCAAGCUGCUGUUGAGAAAAACAAAUUGGAGAAAGAAAAGGAGAAGAAAAAGGAAGAGAAAAAGAGAGAAAAGGAGCCAGAAAAGCUUACAAAACCACUUACAACUGAAAAGACUUGUGACAUGGCAGAAAUUUUGUGGGUGGGCUGUGAUGAAGGAAGCCAUUCACCUCAUGUUGGCCAGGAAGCAGAGAGAGCAAGCCAGAAAGGAGCGAGCCAGGAACAAGAUAACAGUCCCCAGCUACAGAAGAAAGAAGAGCAACAAUUGGAGCCUAAAAAAAGUACCAGCCCUAAAAAAGCUGCAGAGCCCACUGUCGAUCUUUUAGGACUUGAUGGCCCUGCGGAAGCACCAGUGACCAAUGGGAGCACAGCCACAGUGCCAGCCCUGAACGAUGAUCUGGACAUCUUUGGACCAAUGAUUUCUAAUCCUUUACCUGCAACUGUUAUGCCCCCAGCUCAAGGGAAUUCCUCCAUACCAACAACUGCCACCCUGUCUACAGUGACAUCUGGGGAUCUGGAUCUAUUCACUGAGCAAACCACAAAAUCGGAAGAAGUAGUGAAGAAACAGCUCUCCAAAGACUCUAUCUUAUCUCUGUAUGGCGCGGGAACCGUUCAGCAGCAAAGCACUCCUGGUGUGUUUCUGGGACCAACAAAUAUACCAUUUACCUCACAAGCACCAAGCACAUUUCAAGGCUUCCCGUCGAUGGGUGUACCUGUGCCUGCGGCUCCCGGCCUGCUAGGAAAUGUGAUGGGUCCAAGCACAAGCAUGAUGGUGGGCAUGCCCAUGCCCAAUGGCUUCAUGGGAAAUGCACAAACUGGCGUGAUGCCCCUUUCUCAAAAUGCUGUUGGCCCCCAAGGAGGAAUGGUGGGACAGAUGGGUGUGCCCCAGAGCAAGUUCAGCCUGCCGCCAGCUCAGCAGCCCCAGUGGGGCCUCUCACAGGUGAACCAGCAGAUGGCGAGCAUGAGCGUGGGCGUGGGCGGUGCCGGCUCUGCGUCGGGCUUCAGCCAGACCCCCAGCACCACUGCAGGCUGGCCUGGGAGCUCCUCCGGCCAGACGCUGAGCACGCAGCUGUGGAAGUGAGUGGUCGGUGAUGCCGCCUCCAGAAUGAACACCUGACAUUCCUUGCUGAACGCAUCUAGUUCCCCUGUUUACUCAUGUACAUACAAUUGUUUUCUUUCUCCCCCAUCUCUUCACAUUAAGAAUGAUCUGAUUGACCGUGUUGGUCUGUGCUGAUUAAUUUUGAUGUGGUAAAACACAGGUUGAGAAACCGUUUAUGUCAAGGACAGCUUUGCUCAUGUUUCCCUGAUUUCAUAAGCCACUUUAUUUGAGAAGCUGCCCAGUCAACUUGCAUAAUCAGUUUUACUCUCAAUAAAAUUAUAGCUCUAAUGUUUGCAUAUAAGGGAAGUAGUUAUGUUAGUAAUACCUCUAACAGUAUAAACCCCACCCCAAAUUAGCCAGUAAUCUGUAGGAAGGUACUGUAUGAUCAAAUAUUUAAUCAUAUAAAUAGAAUGUAAAUGUUUCACUGAGCACUGUUUUCUAGUGUAUCAAAAUUCUUUUUAUUUCAUUAUUCACCUCACUGUGCUGUUGUUACAAUGUGCUUACAGGGAACGUGGUUAGUGAAAGGAAGAUGAACCUGGAUGUUAUUCUAGAACUUAAUGAAUGUUUAAAGAAUUCAAAUUUUAUCUGCCUCUUGAAUUUGGAUCACUAAUGUACAUAGUGCUAUAACACGAAGACCUUUUCCUGCACUAUAUGUAAACAGGGUAACUAAAAGCUAUUUUCAAUCCUUGAAGGUGUAUCCAGGUUUAUGACAGUAAUUGUGUUUACAUUUUAUGGUGCCUAGUAUUGACAAAAUGUUAUUUCCCUAUAUUAAACAGAUGAAUCCAUA